UCAGGCGGGACUUCCGCCCGCGCGCCCCCUCCCCUCAGGCGGGCCUUCCGCCGGCGCCCCCUCCGCCGCCGCGCCGUCCCCUCCUCCCACCUGAGGCGAGCCUGGGCUCUGCCUCCCGCUCUCCGGGCCCGGCCGCGGCGCAGCCUUGAGGCGACGGCGGCGGUGUCGGGGCUGUGCGGGGCGCGCCCACCUUCUCCUCCUUCUUUGCCUUCCUCCUCCUCGACUUUCUCCUCCCCUCCUCCUCCUCGCCCGGCUCGGCCGAGCUGAGAGCCGCAAGAUGGCGGCGCCCAGGCUGCCGCCAUCCCGGCUGUCGGGCGUCAUGGUGCCGGCGCCCAUCCCGGACCUGGAGGCCCUCCGCGCGCUCACGGCGCUCUUCAAAGAGCAGCGCAAUCGAGAAACAGCACCCAGGACUAUCUUCCAAAGAGUCCUGGAUAUCUUGAAGAAAUCUUCUCAUGCUGUUGAGCUGGCCUGCAGAGAUCCAUCCCAGGUGGAACAUCUGGCUUCCAGUCUGCAGUUAAUAACAGAAUGCUUCAGGUGUCUCCGAAACGCUUGUAUAGAGUGUUCUGUGAACCAAAAUUCAAUCAGGAACUUGGAUACAAUUGGUGUUGCUGUUGAUUUGAUUCUUCUGUUUCGUGAGCUACGAGUGGAACAGGAAUCCCUCUUGACAGCUUUUCGCUGUGGCCUGCAGUUUUUAGGCAACAUUGCCUCACGGAAUGAAGAUUCCCAGUCUAUUGUUUGGGUGCAUGCUUUUCCAGAACUCUUUUUGUCUUGCUUAAAUCAUCCAGACAAAAAAAUUGUUGCCUACUCUUCAAUGAUUUUGUUCACAUCCCUUAAUUUUGAAAGAAUGAAAGAACUGGAAGAAAAUGUCAAUAUUGCGAUUAAUGUCAUAGAAGCUCACCAAAAGCAGCCUGAAUCAGAGUGGCCGGUCUUGGUUAUUACAGACCACUUUCUGAAAAGCCCGGAAUUGGUGCGAGCCAUGUAUGCCAAACUGAGCAAUCAGGAAAGGGUUACAUUGUUAGAUCUUAUGAUAGCCAAGAUAGUGGGUGAUGAACCCCUGACCAAGGAUGACAUUCCUGUGUUUUUGCGCCAUGCUGAGCUGAUUGCAAGUGCCUUUGUGGAUCAGUGCAAGAUUGUGCUCAAGUUGACCUCUGAGCAGCAUACUGAUGAUGAGGAGGCGCUGGCUGCAAUUAGGCUUCUUGAUGUCCUGUGUGAAAUGACUGCUCAUACUGAGCUGCUUGGCUAUCUACAGGUUUUUCCUGGCUUGUUGGAAAGAGUGAUUGAUCUCUUACGACUGAUUCAUGUAGCUGGAAGAGAUGCUACAAACAUCUUCAGUACCUCUAGUGGCAUAAGAGCAGAAGGUAACAUUUCAAAUAUGGUUGAGGGAUUUAAGUCUCAUCUCAUUCGUCUGAUUGGAAAUCUUUGUUACAAGAAUAAAGAUAACCAAGACAAGGUAAAUGAACUGGAUGGCAUUCCGUUGAUCCUGGACAGCUGCAGCAUCGAUGACAGUAACCCCUUUCUGACCCAGUGGGUGGUGUAUGCCAUCCGGAACCUUACAGAAGACAACAGCCAGAACCAAGAUUUGAUUGCAAAGAUGGAGGACCAGGGGCUGGCAGACACAUCCCUCCUUAAAAAAAUGGGUUUUGAAGUUGAAAAGAGGGGUGAAAAGCUGAUUCUGAAGUCUACUAGUGACACACCUCAGCCGUGAGUGAACUCUCCAUCCAAAUAUCUGAAUUUUCGGAAUCUGUUUUGUGGAUUUUUCAACUUCGGCAGUAUGUGAGUCUGCAAGUGUUUGAAGAUCUAUAAGUACAAAUUCGGGAACCUGAGAAUCCUGUGGGUAAUAGAGCUAAGUGCGUGUAAUCUAAAAGUGGGGGCACCUGAGCUUUCUCUUGUUUGUUUGCUUUAAAUGUAGCUGUCUGGUUUGCCUGUGUCCCCUAGAUAGAGUGUACAUUUUAGGAAUGCACUGUACUUACUGUGGCAGCAAAUAAUACAUCCUCCUGUUUGAGGCCACAUCCCUUACUCGGCAGAGACUUGGGCGUUUGCUUGGAUUGUGUUUGUCCCUUCAGAUGGCAAGUCAGCUUUGCUCCUUUGAUUUUCCUCUUCUCAUUGGGUUUUCUGAACUCUGGCAGGCAGUUGAAGUAGUUUCUCACUGUGAUUAAUCUCUUUUCACCCCUUCUGGCUUUCCAAAACAUUGACAAGACUCAUUUCCAGUUAAUUAAUUCGAGAACUCCCCCUCUUCGUUUUAGGUACUGGGCUGUGUAGUCACUGAGCCCUGUCCCUUUGGAAUGUAGCAGGGAGUCAUGAGAGGGAGAGAAUUCGUGGGUGCUUAACCCUUCUCGCACCAAAUCGUCCUAGAAUUAAACUUCUCAAGACCCAUAACAUGUGAAGGCAGAUGCCUACAUCUUACCUACCUUUAUGCCUCUGCACUGGGGGAAGGAGUAUUUCAUUUUCUGCUUUGUGCGCAUGCCACAGCAUUAAAGGCACAUCCGUAUCUUCUUUAGUUUAAAGGAACCAGUCUUGUAAAGGUGCCACUCAGUUUUAGCUGUGGCUUCGCUGGAAUUACAAAAGUGUUUUGGGAGCUGGAAUUUACUUGACAUCUAUCUAUCUUGUCUGUCUAUCUGUCAAUCUACUGUGUCAGAGAUAGAACUGGAUUAAGCGAGUACUAAACUCUUUGUAACCACCUGGGUCAUUAAUAUAAUCAAUGAAAACUCUAGUGGGAGGUCAUGUUGUGAAUGCUUAAAACAUAUUAUUUUCUUGAAUAGCCGUGUUAUUAAACUAAAAUAUCUAGAGAUUUUGCACAUUUUAUGUUGAACCUUCCAAAAUAAAAGUGCUUCUAAGUUUUUUGUAGCCAUACUUAACAUUGCUUUGUAAGAACAGUUUAAGCAUUCUGAGAACGAAAUAAAAGUUUUCCUGUUUGCUGUCUUAUGUACUCUGUAUAACUGUGAAGAAAUGUCAUCUUCUAGGAUUGUGGCAAUCUGUGAAUAAAUAACAUUUAUUCUCCUA